AUGUCAGUCGAAGUUGAUGGAUUUAAUGCUUCUGCUUUAUUCAAAGAAUUAAAUGAAGGUUUACAAGAUAAAAGCAAGGCUCAAGAAGCUAUCAAAGGUGUCAAUGCCGUUAUUAUCAUUACUUUAAAGAAUAAAGAAGGUAAAGAUCAAAGUUGGGUUUUAGAUUUGAAAAAAGAAGGUACUUUAACUAAAGUUGAUGGAUCAAUUCCAAAAGGUGAUGUUCAAUUACUUUUAAAAGAUGCUGAUUUUGUUAAAUUGGCUAAUGGUAAAGCUAAUGGUCAAAAAUUAUUUAUGAAUGGUAAAUUGAAAGUUAAAGGUAACAUGAUGAAAGCUACUGCCAUUGAAUCUGUCUUUAAAAAAUUAGACCCAAGACCAAAAUUGUAA